GCAGCCUCCUUAUCACAUUUAACAUGCGUAUUCCCAAAUCCCAAACUUUAACCUAAAAAACAUUUAGUUUUAUAAUAAUCAACUAAAGUCAACCCUUUCAUUUCAUUCAACUACUUACAAAUUUUAUAUAGAAAAUGUCUGAUUCUUUUGAUACAUUUUCCAGUGGUUUAGAUACUACAAAGGGAGCUGAUAAAGAAUUGCAGGAAUUUUUAAUGGUUGAAAAGCAAAAAGCUCAAUUAAAUGCACAAAUACAUGAAUUCAAUGAUUUUUGUUGGGAGAAGUGUGUGGACAAACCAUCAAACAGAUUGGACAGUAGAACUGAAACAUGCUUAACCAACUGUGUCGAUCGAUUUAUUGAUGUUUCUUUGCUGAUUACCAAUAGAUUUGCACAAUUGUUACAAAAAAGUGGAGGAAUGUAAAAUAUAAUUAUGUAAUGUAGUAUACAUAUUAUUAUUCAUCAUUGUCAUUGGGAACUAUUUUUAUUGUAUGAUAUGAUAAAUUAGUCACAAUAAAAUUUUAGUUAUAAUUGA